AUGGAAAUCAUGCCUUUUGGGGACCUACUGGGCUUUCUGAGGAAGAGCCGAGGACUUGUUGACAAGUAUUAUCGUGGAGGAAACAUGGCUCAGAAACUAGAAACUUAUGACCUUGUCCUCUUUACCAAACAAAUCGCUACUGGCAUGGUCUUUCUUGGAUCAAGAGGGGUGAGUGAACGAUUCGCCAAAUAUUUGUCACAGUAGCGUAGUUUGAAUCUUAAAUUCAGCUCAUGUAAGUUCGUGUAAUGUCUAUUCUGAUACUUGGUUUUUUACAUGUUGGGUAUGAUUCUCGUCGAAAUUACACCGUUUUUGAAAUAGAUAAGAACUUAUACGUGUCGAACCUUUACAUUUUUUGCAGAUAAUUCAUCGUGACCUAGCAGCUCGAAAUAUUCUACUCGAUAACAACUAUGUUUGUAAGGUGACUGACUUUGGUAUGGCUUAUCAAAGCUUCAAGUAUGGUCAUGGAAAUGCCAAAAAGGUAUAUGAGGUCUUCUGUUAGCUAUUUGAUACUACACUGAUGUUAACCGAAUGCUAUGAUAUAUCAGCUAAAAGAGAGCUCUUGACUGCAGCUGGUCUAGAAGAUUGUCCAAAAUGCACUUCUAAAGUGCCAGUGGAAAGUUCUGCUUUUAGUGAAAUUUGGAAGAGAAAGUUAAAAGAAACAGCAUUAAUAUAAUCGUUACUUAGGACCAAAAACCCUCAUGGUGGGAGCUAUAUGGCCUCCUUUCACUAUUCAAUCUCGAAUUUUCAACAGAAGACUUAACCUGCUCGAUUAUAUGAAUAUCUCAGAGCAUUCUUAGAGCAAUUUUUAAUUGAGUGUUGAAAAACCAAACUCAAUUCAAGCUAUAAACACUAUCGAAAAUUCUUUAAUUUACACAUUUUUCUCCCAGCUACACAUGCAAAAUACGAUAAAGGGAUGAAAACAAAAAACUAACUAAAAAAGGAAGACGAAAUAAUAGAGAAAAACAAAGCCUUGACCAAAAUUUUAACUUCUCUUUUGCUUCCGUUAGGUAGAAUUUGUUUAGACAACGCUAAUACCUUUCAUAAGGGUCGUACAAUUUUCUCUUUCGUCUGUAGAUAUUUCUCUUUUUAAUUGCUUUUUGUUUUUGUUUUUGUUUUUUUCAUUUUUCUUUUCUUUCUUUUUCUCUUUGUUGUUAUUUGAUUGUUUUAGGGCCGUAUGCCAAUUAAGUGGACUGCACCAGAGAUUUUAUUGGGAAAUAUCUCUGAACUAUCACCUCUCAGUGACGUGUAUGUACCAACUUAAUCGUAACUGCAUGUCAUGAUAUUUUACUCACUUUUUCUUCGUUCCAAAAAAGUAAAUACUGUGUUCUGUAAUAUCUUAAAGAAUACCUUAGCUUCCUCAUGCUCAAUUGAUCUCUUUUUCUAUUCAUCGUUGUCUUUAAAACAUCAGACUUACUCAUGGUUUUGCCCAUAUUUGUUCAAUUCUCGCAUUUUAUGGGAAGACAUCUACAUUCACUUAUAAUUAGGUCUGCAACUGACGUUAUAUUAGUACUAGGGCAUGCCAUAUGAGUCCUUAUACGGACCGAUUAUACAACGACAUAUCGAACGAAGAAAAAACUUUGAAAAUGAUUAUGAGCAGUUAACCCUUUCAAAAAGCCUAGCACUGUGGGUUUUCGACUUUGGGUUUCUUGCUUGAAGUUUUUUCGCCGUUUCGAUAUCCAAAUUGUACCUUUUUGAGCGAAUAGAGUAGGCUUCCUUUUUGUAAAUCCACUCAUAAACAAUGCUUUUCUACAGGUGGUCCUAUGGAAUUGUUCUGUAUGAGAUAUUCACUAUUGGUAAGUAACUAGCCGCAGGAGUCCAACGGUAACAUUGGGCUUUCUCCAGGUCAGCACAUCCCCACUGAGGUACCCUCGAUAUUCUGAGAGAGCACAGCUCUGGUAUUACCUUAAACAAAAAGUUUGUGUCGAGUAAAUGAUGCGAGUACGAGAAUUUUUCAUUUAACAUUACACUAGUAUGUAACUUACACGCUUCUGUAAUUCAUUGACGGAGGAAUUUCGUAUCAGGGAUGGUCAGAAGGGAGAGUGGUUGCAGAAGUCACAAAUGGAUAUCAAAUGCCAAGGCCUACACAUAUUGAUGACCAACUGUAA